AUGCCCCAACUCAACCCAAACCCAUGAUUCUUUAUUCUACUCAUAUCCUGAAGUGUCUUCUCACUAAUCAUCCAACCCAAACUACUAUCAUUCACCACUACCAACCCUCCCUCCACCAAACCUAAAGUAGCCCCUAAAACCACCUCCUGAACCUGACCAUGAACCUAA